AUGAUUGUCGGCACACCUGGAUAUAUUGAUCCUGAGUACUCAGAAAUAAGCAUACUCACCAAAAACAGUGAUGUUUAUAGCUUUGGUGUGGUUCUUUUUGAGCUUAUGUCUAGUAAGGGAGCCAUAUUUGGCAGUCUUGAGCAGCAUUUUCAUAUUGUUGAAUGGGCAACAUCAAAAAUUGUGAGGGGUGACAUAGAGAGCAUUAUUGACCCAAGGAUUAAAGGGCAGCACAAAAUGAAUUAUAUGUGGAAGGUUGCAGAUAUAGCCUUAGCAUGUACUGCACGGAGAUCCAUUGAGCGGCCAAACAUGUAUAAUGUUCUGAAGGACUUGAACGAGGCAAUGGAGAUGGAGACUGGUUACUAA